AUGGCACCAUCCGUCACAGAAACCGUGACUCAAGUCACUGAAAACCUCAAGCAGAAGCCUGCAAAUCUCAAAGCUCAAGUCCAGCCAAAUCUUGAGACUGGACAUCGGGAGCCAUUGAAGCUGAGCGGAGCACUUGACCAGUUCAGGCAGUUUGAAGUUACUCCAGUGAUCGGAAAGGAAUUCGUGGAUGUUGAUCUGGCUGAAUGGCUGAGGGCACCUAAUUCGGAUGAGUUGCUGAGAGAUUUGGCCAUCACAGUAUCCCAAAGAGGCGUUGUUUUCUUCCGCAAGCAGGACAAUAUUACCAAUGACCUUCAAAAAGAGCUCGUACAGCGCCUUGGCGAACUCAGCGGAAAGCCAGCGACGUCUGGGUUGCACAUUCACCCAGUUAACAAUGGUGCCCGUGACCAUGGCGUUGAAGACAAUGAAAUUAGUGUCAUUUCUUCGGAGCAGGCUAAGAAGAUUUAUGCGGAUCGCUUUCUGAAGACUAAUAAGCGCCAGAGUCAAAAGUCACAAUGGCACUCCGAUAUCACUUUUGAGCCCAUCCCAAGUGACUAUGCGCUGCUGAGAUUGACGGAGCUGCCAACAACGGGCGGAGAUACACUUUGGGCCUCCGGAUAUGAGCUCUAUGAUCGCAUCUCUAAGCCAUUGCAGAAGUUCCUAGAUGGUCUAACUGCCUACUACGCACAACCAGGCUUUAAGGAGGCUGCUGAUCACAAUGGGUUUUCCCUCUUCUCCACGCCUCGAGGAGCCCCCGAAAAUAUUGGCGAUGUUCUGGAAGCUAUUCACCCGGUGAUUCGAACCAAUCCUGUGACUGGGUGGAAGAGUGUCUUUGCCGUUGGCCAUCACGUCCAGCAUAUCCACGGCCUGUCUGAUGACGAAUCGCGAUAUUUCUUAGAUUGGUUCGUGCGAUUGAUCGUCGAAAAUCAUGAUCUACAGGUCCGCAAUCGCUGGCAAAAUGUGAACGAUUUGGCCAUUUGGGACAACCGCAGCGUUUACCACGCCGCUACGCCAGAUUAUAUCAACCAGGGGCUUGGAGAGCGGACUGGAUCAAGAUCUGUGAGCUUGGGCGAGAAGCCUUACUUUGACCCGCAGAGCGUGAGCCGCAGGGAAGCCAUUGCACUUGAGAAGGCGUGA